AUGGUGGCUAUUGAGGACCCCCUCGACAUCCACUACGACGUGGUCAUUGUUGACGAGGCCCAGGACCUCUCCCCCCUGUACUUUUACGCCCUACGCUCCGUUGCCGGUGGCCAGACCGGGCACACCCAGAAGGUUCUGGUGGGCGACUCGCUGCAGACCAUCAACUGGGGCCUCAGACACGUACUUUUGCCAGCCCGAGCUGUACUUUAA